CGCACAGGUGAGAGGGUAGAGCAACAGCUUUUACACCUUGGACAUCACUGAAUACUGAACACAUGGCUUACAGAGGCAGUGUGAGACCCUUUGUGCACUUCAACGCCAAGCAGGAUGCUGAUAUCUUACGAAAAGCCAUGAAAGGGAUCGGCACUGAUGAAGACACCAUCCUCAUGCUCUUACCUGCUCGGAACAAUGACCAGAGACAAGAGAUCAAGGCAGCUUAUAAGAAAGCACAUGGCAAAGACCUGGUGAAAGACCUGAAGUCUGAGCUGGGAGGGAAGUUAGAGGACCUAAUCAUGGCUCUGAUGUCUCCUCCUCGUGUGUAUGAUGCAGAUCAGCUCCAUAAGGCCAUCAAGGGAGCAGGUACUGAUGAUAAAGUUCUGAUUGAGAUCUUGGCUUCCAGAACCCCUGAGCAGAUAAAGGAGAUCAUCAAGAUAUACAAGAAAGAGCAUGGAGGCAAGCUGGAGAAGGACAUCAUGGGAGAUACGUCUGGACACUACCAGAGGUUGCUGGUUAUGCUUGUACAGGGAGAGAGGGAGCAGGGAGUGGAUGAAAGCCGAGUGGAGAAAGACGCCAAGGAAUUGUUUGCCGCUGGUGCGAAGAAAGUUGGCACAGAUGAAGAAAAGUUCAUCCAUAUCCUGGGCAACAGGAGCAUCGAGCACCUGAGGCAAGUGUUCGAUGUGUAUAAGCGGAUAGCUGGCUGUGACAUUGAAGAGAGUAUUUGUGGGGAGUUUACUGGCAACCUUGAAGCACUGCUCCUAGCAGUGGUGAAAUGUGUGAAAAGUGUCCCGGGAUAUUUUGCUUACUCCCUACGUGACUCUAUGAGGCGUGCCGGCACUGAUGACGAGACUCUGAUUAGGAUCAUGGUGUCCAGGAGUGAGGAGGACAUGCUGGACAUCCGAGCCGAAUACAAGAAGAUGUAUGGAGAAUCACUGUACCGUACCAUACAGGCAGACACUGAUGGCGAUUAUGGAAAGGCUCUGCUCUACCUGUGUGGUGGAGAUGAUUAAUUCUCACUUUUAUUUAUCAACCUAUGGUUUGCUUAUAUCCACUCAUUAAUCAUAUUUAUCAUCUCUGUAAUUCUUAGCCAUAGGUAAGCUAUUUUAUAUGUUUUAUAUUAGUAAUAGUUAGUAUACAUGCAUAUAUACAGAAAUUUCUAUUCAUAACAUCUACAUAAUAUUUAGACUGAUGUCUACUUUUUAUUUUAAUCUUUAAUUAUGUUUAAUGUGUUUGUGAUUCAGUAAUUCAGUGGUUGCAGUGGGUAGUGUACCAGCGUGGAGGUACCAGAAUCUCCACCAAGAGUAGUUAAAGUGACUUGAUAUAGUGUGAUUACAUAUUUAUUGAUUUUGAAAUAAACCUUUUUUUUCACUCAUUACUUUUUCACUUUUAUACAUAUGAUUUCAGAUUAAAAAGCU